GCGAGACUGCUACGGGACGGUCUCCACUCUCCAGUAAUACGCCGCGAUAAUAAAACCAAAACCGCGUCUCGCUCUCGCCUCCUCCACCUUCCUUUCCUCGUGCUCGUGCCCUGUCCUCCGUGCCCCCCGCCUCGAUCCGAUCGGGGAGGGCAGGGGAAUGUCGUCGUUGUCGUCGGCGGCGGCGCAGCACCACCACUACCGGCGCCAGGGCGGCGGCGGGAGCGGGCUUGUGCCUCUCGCCGCGCUCAUCAAGGAGGAGGCCCGCACGGAGCGCCGCGCGUGCGCCGGCGGGAACAGGAUCUGCGCGCGCGACGAGGACGCGGGACGCGCUGGCCCUGGGGAGGCGGCGGAGGGGACGAGGCAGCGGCCGUUGCUGCGGUACGGGUGCGCCGCGCAGUCCAAGAAGGGCGAGGACUUCUUCCUGCUCAGGACGGACUGUUCGCGCCCCUCCACCUCCGCCUCCUCGUCCGCGGCCUUGCCGCACCCCACCUUCGCCGUCUUCGCCGUUCUUGAUGGCCAUAAUGGUAAUGCUGCUGCUAUAUACACAAGGGACAAUCUGCUCAACCAUGUCCUCAGCGCGAUGCCACGAGGGCUCUCCAGGGAGGAGUGGUUGCAAGCAUUGCCCAGAGCGCUUGUUGCGGGCUUCGUUAAGACUGACAAGGAGUUCCAAAGCAAAGGCCAAACGUCUGGCACAACUGCAACAUUUGUGAUAAUUGAUGGAUGGACUAUCACAGUUGCCUCUGUUGGCGAUUCUCGCUGUAUUUUAGAUGCUCAGGGUGGGGCUGUUUCUUUGCUUACUGUGGAUCACAGACUAGAAGAAAAUGUUGAGGAGAGGGAACGUGUUACAGCCAGUGGAGGUGAAGUUGGAAGGCUUAGUGUUAUUGGUGGUGCAGAGAUCGGUCCGCUACGAUGUUGGCCAGGAGGUCUAUGCCUAUCAAGAUCCAUUGGAGAUAUUGAUGUUGGCGAAUUUAUUGUUCCUGUUCCAUAUGUCAAGCAAGUGAAGUUGUCGAAUGCUGGAGGAAGACUUAUCAUUGCUUCAGAUGGCAUUUGGGAUGCAUUGCCCUCAGAGGCAGCUGCUAAGUCAUGUAGAGGUUUGCCCGCUGAGCUUGCUGCUAAGCAAGUUGUUAAGGAGGCGCUCAGGACAAGAGGGUUAAAGGAUGAUACAACCUGCAUCGUUGUUGACAUAAUCCCACCUGGUCAAAAAAUACGGCCUCCAUCUCCUCCUAAAAAGAUGAACAAGUUGAAGUCAUUAAUCUUCAAAAAGAAAGCAAAUGAUCCUUCUCAGAAAUUGACUAAGCAGCAUUCAGUGGUUGGCAUCGUCGAAGAGAUAUUUGAAGAAGGUUCAGCGAUGCUAUCAGAAAGGUUAGGUCAUGAUUCAAAUAGUGGGAGGACAUCCUCAAUCCUGUUUACAUGUGCCAUCUGCCAGGUAGACCUCGAACCAAGUGAAGGUAUAUCAGUUCAUGCCGGUUCGAUCUUCUCUUCCAGCUCGAAGCCAUGGGAAGGUCCUUUCCUUUGUUCGGAUUGCCGUGAUAAGAAGGAUGCGAUGGAAGGUAAACGGCCCAGUGGCGUCAAGGUUCUGUAGUCAAUGUCAAUCGAUGACCAUUGUAGCUUCCGCAACAUCUAGCCUUUCUUUUUCUUUGUGAGCACCCUUGCGGUACAUAUUUUUCCUAAAUAUUUAGGCGAUUCGGAUAAAUUUUUAGGCUGCAUUUUGUUUUAUUCUAUUAUGUGAGCAACUAGCCGACAAUGUAAGUAGUUAUUGGGAAAAGAAAAUGCGAAGCGAGUGAAUAGAGUAUGUCUCCGUUUUUUUCUUCAAUUGUAGGAAUGGACUAACUGCAGCUUGCUUCUCGCGAGCUGUGUAUGAUAGUUAAGCUAUUCUUUAUUUGUAACGUAUUGAUGCUUUUGCUAAUGGAAUCUUUAAUUUUUA